CAACAUUAUUUAAUCAAAGGUCUAGUUGGUUUACAUAAAUAUUACAGAAUAAUAUAUAAAAACUUUUAAAGUAUUUUAAUUAUAAUAAUUUAAAAAUAAUAUUUUAAUUUAUUAUAUUAAAAUACUUGUUUAUAUAAAAUAUUCUAUAAAUCAAAAUAAAACCCUUAAUAUACAGAAAAAGAUCCCUUGUUAUAUAUGGCAAUUUCUGACAAACUAUGCAUUAUAUGCAACAGAUGGUGCACAUGUAGUACAGUAGCCAAAUUGUGUCAGUAAAGAUUUGGCUGCCGAUCAGUUUUUGCUUAUAAUGCAUAUUGUCUUUAGGUUAGAAAAAAAUUAAUUUGCAGUGACAGCAUUUCCUGUUUAUUUCUUUAAUAGCUGAUUAAUCAGAAACUGUGAUUUGUUUGUUGUUCUGACAAUAACUGAAUUCUGGCCAAAAUUUGACCAUCUAUUGUUUUUGUGUGUAGUCUCUGUUAGAGAGGCAGGGUUUAGGUACAGGAGUAUCCUUGGCUGUGGACAAAAGUCACAUGCAGCUGCCUCGGGGAAUGUCAAGAACCAAGUCAUUUGGUGCUCCUGAAGAUGAGAGAAUCGCGGCCCUAAUUGGAGAGCAUCGCUUUCCAAGAAGCUCCUCAAUGACCGACAGCUUUAGACAAGAUAGUAUUCCACCACCUCCACAGACAGCUCCUCCACCACCUCCAACUCCCUACUUUCUUGAUUCAGGCCCACCUCCAUCCUUUCUUCCACCUCCGCCCCCUUCUCGUGCUGCCAACCAGAGUCGUUCAAGCUUCCGCCCAGGGGCGGAGCCCAAACUCCAUGGCCCAGUCACGACAGACCGCCAGCGAAAAACACGCUCCAUGAUCAUUCUUCAGGACACCACCCAUUUGCCAGUGGAGCCUGCCCCUAUUGCAAGACCGCAAACGCCUACCUCUGGAGGGGUUCCUCCUGAACGUGGUCGUAGGCGUGGACCACCUGUAGAGAAUCCGUAUGCUAACGUGGGUCGUCUAAGUGCUGUCUAUACUCCUACCAAGCCCCAGCGUAGAAAGAGCCCGCUAGUCAAACAAGGCCCAGUUGAGGAGGGAGCUGCUGCUCAGACUAGUAGAGACCCAUCUCCUUUGGGAGGGUCACGGAUUCCCCACAGCAGCCGAGCGGAGCAGUUCCAACAGCAGGUCCUCUCUGAGCGAGCUAGGAUCACACCUCCUGGGGCCCGACGCAGACCCAGUGUUUUCCUAUCUGUAGAAGGGGGAGCGACAGAGCCGCAGACAACCCCUUUGCUUUCUCAGUCCCACUCAGUGGAUGAGUUGGCUGAGUUGCCUCCACCGGCACCAAUGCUCUCCCCUGGCCCACCACCAGGGGGCACCACUUUUAUACACCCUCUAACAGGUCGACCACUGGAUCCUUCCUCACCUUUAGCGCUUGCACUGGCUGCACGAGAACGUGCCCUUAGUGGCCGGAAUACACCCACUCCCACACCUUCGCCUACACCUUCGCCCACUCAAGGCAGAGCAGUAGAAAGGCCCGAGACCGAAGGAGGAGCGACACCACCUGCUCCUCUCGAGGCUCCUCCAUCUAAUUCCUGGAGAGAUGAACCGGUCAGCAUCACAGAAACAGCAAGCCAAGUGACUAGCGGUAGCCCUGGGUCUGGACGAAGCCUGGAAGAGGCACUUGUCCCACCCAGCGUGCAAGGUGUCCAACCUGCGCUGAUGGAUACAGAACAUACCCCACCGGCAGUCCCACCCACUCUACCUUCCCCUGCCCCUACCCUCUCAAAUCUGACUGCUCGGAGUCUGACUAUGAGCUCAGAGGAGGAAGCAGAGCCAUACACGGUGACACUUCCCCCUGCGUUGCUCUCAUCUAGUGACGAGGAAACCAGAGAGGAGCUUCGGAAGAUAGGCCUCGUGCCACCGCCUCAACCAUUUGCUAAUGGCCUUCUAAUUAAAGAAACACCCAAAGCCACUCUAAGCAUUUCACCUAGUGGAUCACGGCCAUCCAUUGCCAAGACUUCCUCUGGGAAAGCAAGCGAUUCGACUGCAGACUCUGGGGUUGAAGACCCACAUAUGGAGACCACCAGUACUGUUUCCACAGUCUCCAGCAUGUCCACUUUGUCUUCAGAGAGCACAGACUCCGCUCAUGCAAGCAAACCACGUUGUGGGGUGGGGCGUGGUCGCCCCGCCCAUCUCAGGGACCCACUGCUUAAACAGUCAUCAGACAGUGAGCUGCUUCCACACCCACCCAGCACAGGCCCCAGCCGUCCACGCUACCUAUUCCAAAGACGCUCCAAACUCUGGGGAGAGGAGCCCCGGGCCCAGAUGAGUGGGUCUGAUGAAAGUCGGCCUGCUGCUAUGGGAGCAGAGUUGCUAGGCAAAGACUCUCAUUCACUGGGGGAGGAGCCACCAAUGGGAGCACCACUUGACCCUGGCAGGAGAUCACCUGUGGGAGGUGCCAGAUGUGAGGAGAUUGGAGGAGAGAGUAAAUCACUCUUUAGUAGUUUAGGGGAGCUUCACACCAUCUCUCAGAGGAGUUAUGGCACCACCUUCACAAUCCGGCCUGGCAGCCGAUACCCAGUGACCCGUAGAACUCCAAGCCCCGGAGCCACCCCUGAACGGAGUGAACCAUUGGGACCUGUCCGUACAUUUGGCCCUCAUCACCACCAUCACACUAUCCUCAAGUCUUCUAGCCUAAGUUUACCCCAGGAGCCCAAGGAGGUGCGUUUCGUCAUGAGGAGCGCCAGCGCUCGAGCCCGCAGCCGUUCUCCAUCCCCCUCACCAUGCGCCUCCCCCUGCCCCUCACCAGUACUGGGAGCCCCUCUCCUGGCCCUGCGACCAUUCAGACAGCGCCCCCUAGCACUGUGGAGUAAGUAUGACGUGGGAGAGUGGCUAGAGAGCGUGGGAUUAGGGGAACAUCGUGCCCGCUUUUUGGAGCAUGAGAUUGAAGGCGCCCACCUGCCUGCCCUAACCAAGGACGAUCUGGCUGAGUUAGGGGUGACGCGGGUGGGACACCGAAUGAACAUCGAACGUGCACUGAAGCAGUUGUUAGAGAGUUGAGGAGAGUCAAAAUGCAGGAUAUAGUUCCAAACACAAAAUAAUUUAAUUUUUACUAUUAAAAAGUUAACUUAUUCCGAAGUCUAACACAAAAGAUUUUAACCCACUUUUUUUUUUAGCAUUGCACAGCCCUUACAUAAUAUAGAUUUAACACCCACAAAAUCCACCAUGUUUCUUCACUAGUUUGCCACCUACUAAAAGUAAAAAAAACAAAACUUGCUGGACAGGAGUGUGGACCUACUGCGCAAUAUCUACUCUUUUCAGCUCUUUUCGAACUGGCCAUGUUUUUAAUGGGUCUUCUGCACAAUAACAAAUGAUAUAGCCAGCAAGCAGCCAUUUCCCUCACGUGCCAUGUUUUACAGUCAAAUGAUGAUGAGGAAGGUGUGGCAAACACUACAGACUGCUCUCACAUUAACAGAGGAAGUUUAGGAAUAGCUUCACCGUCUGGAAUUGUGCGCAUUUCCUGCUUCCAGGAGAGAGACUUCUGAAUCUUAGAAAGCAGUGUCAACUUGGGUAUAAAAGAAAAGAGAAGAGUUCAAACCUCUCCUGUAAACAAUGCCAAUGCUUCCAAGUGCCCGGAAUUUACAGUAUGUUCACAGAUCAUCUUGCAACUCAACAGUAGAUAGCCAUGUUAAUGGUGAUUGUAAGAUGCAUUGCAGCAAAUGGACUUGGCAUGUGAAUGCAACAUGUCCAAGUAAGAAAGGAUCUGACAAUCUGCCCUAAACCAGGAGGAAAAAAAACUUCUCCCAAUACAAUACAAGUGUGGCCUUGAGGUAAUACUGCCGCCAUCUAAAAUUUGUUAAAGAUAGAUAUUUUCAAUCAGUACAUUCAAUUUUAUAUGUAUAUGAUAUAUAUGGAGUUAUAUAUAUUCAAAAAAGAAUGUAUGAGAAUAAGGUGAGAUAUACUUGUCUUAUACCCUGUGAGAUUGUGUCAUAUUUGGUCUUUAUAUUUGUUAUUUUAUUUGUCAAUUAUCAACCAAUACCCUAACACGAACACAGUUACUCUUUUUUCCCCAUGGUAUAACUUGUGAUUUGUGAGUUAUAAACAUAAUCUUUGGACUAGUUCAUGGUCAGUUAUUUAAGAAUUUCAUAAUUACGGACAGACCUUUUUUGUCUAUUAUGAAUAAAUGCUCGGUAAGACUGUAUGUAGAAUAACUGUUUUGUUUAAACAGAGGAUUUGAAAUACCAGGGGAUUUAGGUAUACAUUUAUUUGUUACCUUUUGUAUAUGAUAACUAAUAAUAAUAAUCAUCAUUUCAUGCUGAUCAAUUUGUGAAUUUAAGACGUAACAACGUUUCUUUGAUCUAUUUGGUUACGUAUUGUGGAAUUAUUUCAUUUGGGAUUUAAUUCUUAUCAAGGCUUUCAGUUUAGAACAAUAUAGGCAAAAUAUGCUACCUAAGGGCUUUUAACACAGACCAAUUAAACAUUGUUAUUAAAAACCUGUUUCAAUGCAGACUGCUAAACUGGUGAAUUUGUCUGAUCCCCAGUUAUAGGAAAAUCUACAACUUAAAGUAAUAACGUGGCACAUGCAAAGCUUGUGUUUAUGGGCCUUAAACCACAGUGUGGCCCUGACCCUAAUGACCCCGUUUGUGUAAACGCACGUUUUUGUUUCUAGUAAAAAAAAAUGUAUAUUGUGAACGACCAAAUUACUAAAAGUAAUCUGACUACAAGUAUAUCUACUGUGAAUAUAGAAUUAUUUUUCUCAAUCCCCAAGAUUGUCAUAUAAUCAAGCAAAUAUUGAGAUUAUAUUGUGUCAAAAUUAUCUGGUAACUAGCUUGACUGGUUUGUUGUGUUUGGUAAGCUGGAACAGUAGGCGUUGCUGUGGUUUACACAUUUAACUAACAGUUAAACUCUGCCAACAGAGGAGAAAAAUCCUCACACUUGUCUCUCCUCCGGUUGGUCAAUUUGCACAAAGAUGUGGGUGCUACUGUUUAUAAGCCAUCUGCAUAAAAUAUUACUGUACUUCCCUCAUCUGUCCCUGUCCUUCUCCCUCUCUUCCGAUCCUCACUCAUUCACACUCUCAAAGACAAUUAUGUAAUUAAUUACUGCAGCCAUGUUCUUUUAGUUUACUACUUUUAGGAGCUUUCUCUUCUGUUGUUGAAUUUUUUUCUUUCUUUUUUUUUUUUGUAUUCUUUGUUGGAUGAAGUGAUUUGAGGAUCAAGCUUUUGGACAUGUUUGCUUUAAAAUGAGAAAAUGUACACAAAAAUAUAAUUUGACUUGUCUGUUAUUAAAGAUCAUCUCUCAGGCUGUGGGGA